AUGGCGGCGGCAAUGCACAAUUCACCUGAAAUAGCCAACGGCGGCUAUGAUCCAGAAAAUAUCAAUGAGCCCGGGACUGCUCUUGGGAGCCACAAAUAUUACGCUGAAGCUAUAAAUCCUGAGCCUGUGGCAGAGCCAGGUCCCUCCAAGCCACGAAAAUCCAAAACCAAAUCCGGCUCAGGACAAGGUCCACCAGGAAGAUCUUUCUCCGUCAGAGCUCGCGAUGCCAAUCUGAACUAUACCAUUGGUGAACCCGAGCCCAAUACACCCCCGGGACUUGCAGAGGAAUCAACCACGCCGCGAGGUCUCCCACCUACUUCGUAUCCACCAGAAGCUGAGGUAGCCACUCCGGAAAUCGAAGUGUCAGUACCACCGCCCGACGCAUCGACUGCUGCAAACGUGCACUCGCCCCCAAGUCGCUCAAACACGAUGCGCUCAACAUCUUCCCAACAACGUCGAGAUUGGGCCUCGGACCGAUCACCCCUUCAAAAGCUGGAAGUGACUCUGAAUGGCAUCAGCAAAGAGGAAAAGCGCGCGCGAGUCCAAGAGGCGGAGAUGCGUCUUCGCGAGCGCAUGGCUCGUCAGAAAGUGGAAAGAGAACAGGCGGAGGCAGCGGCGGCCGCCACCGCUACGGCAACAGCAACAGCAACAGCAACAGCAACAGCCCAUGCCCCUAAGCCAAGCUCCAAACAGAGUUCGCAUUCCGAAAACAGGCCCUCAUCUAGCACAACGCGAGACAGAGAGCGCAAAGGUGUGAUUGCCGAAGAUAUCGCAAGGGAUAUACCGCAGAACUCACGGCAACCGAGAGGCGACACAGGUCGACAUAAUAGAAAUGUUUCAAUGAACCCUCAAUUCCCAAUGAUGCAGCGACCCGAAGAAAAUGCUCAGUAUGCACGAGAAGAGGCAGCGGUUCCACCACCCGCGAAAAUGGGUACGGUUCCUCGACGGGCUGUAACAAUGAGCGGACCAGCUGCUAAGCCACAAAGUAUCCGUACGGAUAUGCAACACACUCGCUCUUUAUCUCAGCAAGGAUCUGCCAAGCCUCAACGGACUGUUAUUCCCCCGGUUGUGGCACCAGCCGCCGCUGCUGCUCUUGCGAGCGCCGCUGUCCCAGUCGAUGAGAGACUAGAUAUUCCUCCAGUGGCGCGCGCGGCUCAAGAAAGUGUCGAAUCAAAUUCAAGACCUAAAAAGCAAUCAGUAUCAUUCAACGUGCCACCUCCUACGCCACCUCCAGUCUUUGAAUGGAAAAAUGCACCACCCGCACACCUUGGAGUAGCGGACUUUGACUUCCAAACCCUUGAUAUGGAGCGAAGUAAGGCAUGGUGGGAAGGCGGAGGCACGAAAAACCGAAGAAAGAGCAGAGCUCUCCCCAAAAAUUACCAGACUCCAGCUCAGAAGCUAACAGGCGUUACUCAACAUAAAAACUUCCAGCCAAAGCUCUUCCUUCGAUCUGGACCAUUAUUGAGGUAUACGGGAAUUAAGAAAAUCAGCACCAAUGGGCCCCAAGGUGCCGUUCAAAAGGAGAUCUGGCGAGGUUCCAUUAUGAUUGUGACAAAGGAUAGUCGCUCUUCCUAUGAGACUCCACCGACACUGCGCCUCUUCUCCCAACCUAUGGACCUUCUCCCUCCCCCACCUGCAGAAGUCAGCCGGGAGGACGGUGUUCAGCUCGCUCCGGAGUAUAUUGAUCCUACUGCCGGUCUGAUGAAAGUUGGUCGUGAUGGCCGGCCCCUUUAUGUCAAACCUGUCGAGCACCUUGAAGAGGAGAUUGAUUUGUCUGGCGUGGAGAAUGAGGACGGUAUAUAUGAGCUGUCUCCAAGUAUUCUCGACUACAAAACCGAAGGGUCUAAUCAGCCUAUUCCGGCAAACCGUAUUCAUUCCGUUGAUGGCGAAUCGGCUAGCUUACAUCGAGAUAUUUCCGGUGUCCGUCUUUAUGCUGAUGCAGCUAGAGAUGUGACAUUUUGGCGGUUCAAUCUCGAAGUCGAACUUGGGACAACACAACAGCGCAUCGCCUACCGUAUCAACCAGGGCCCUGCCUUGGGAUUCUGGGUACCAGCUUCAGGUCAGCCUAUGAAUAUAAUGUUCCAUAGUGGCAAUGGAUUCAGUCCAUCUGUGGAUUCCGACCGGUUCUGUGGUCCAGAUCCUCUCUGGCGUGAUAUUCUUAAUGAGCACCAAACUAAGCCAUUCCAUGUGAUGAUUGGCGGCGGUGAUCAAAUAUUUAAUGACUCCGUUAUCACUAGUUCCCAAUUUUUCCAAGAAUGGAUCAAGAUGAAGAACCCCGCAGAGAGAUACGGCACACCAUUCACUCCUGAGUUCCGUGCUGAACUAGAACAGUUCUAUUUGAACCGCUAUGCUUCAUGGUUUUCGCAGGGUCUAUUCUCUCUCGCCAACUCUCAAAUUCCCAUGAUCAAUAUGUGGAAUGACCACGAAAUCUUUGAAGGUUAUGGAUCUUAUAACUCAGACUUUAUGCAGAGCAUGGUCAUCUCUGGCUUGGGAAGGAUUGCGUACAAGUAUUACUUGUUAUUCCAACACCACAGUGUUCCAGACGAAACCGAGGCAGAUGAACCGAGCUGGCUUCUUGGUGCUCGCCCGGGUCCCUAUAUUGAGCAGAAGAGUCGGAACCUUUUCAUGUCUCUGGGCAGUGAUGUUGUUUUAUUGGGCUUGGACUGUCGAACUGAACGAACCAGCAAUGAAGUUCUCAGUGAAGAAACAUGUGAUCUAAUUUGGGAUCGAUGCCACAGGGAUAUCAUUCGUGGCGAAACUAAGCAUCUAAUCGUCCUCUCGAGUGUCCCUCUUGCCUACCCCCGAGUGGCAAUGCUCAAGAAUUUCAUCAAUAGUCGGAAGUCGCUAGGAAAGUCCGGUAUGCUUGGUGGGCUUGUCAACCGAUCUGGCGGAAAUGUGGAAGUGUUUGAUGACCACUGGGCUGGCAAGCACUUGAAGUCUGAGCGAACAUGGCUGGUAGAAGACUUACAAGAUCUUGCCGCUGAAAAAUCCGUCCGAGUUACGAUUCUGAGUGGCGAUGUUCAUCUCGCUGCCAUCGGGCAAUUCUAUUCGAACCCAAAGCUAGAAAUUGCUAAAGACAAGGACUACCGAUAUAUGCCGAACAUCAUUUCAUCUGCUAUUGCCGACAUGCCAGAAACAGAAAUAAUUUCAGAUAUGCUCAACAAGCGCAACACCGUCCACCACAUGGACUCAAACACCGACGAAGAUGUUAUCCCCAUCUUCACCCAAGAUGUCGAUGGCAAGCCUCGAAACAACAAGCGACUGUUACCCCGACGAAACUGGUGCUCUAUUAGAGAAUACCGGCCUGGCUCUACCCCGCCUGAUACCCCAGAGUCCGUCAUGACACCCCCUCUAGAGGUCCGCCCCAGCAAGCUUCAGCGGACCCUAUCCUUAGGACAGGGCGAUAGGGGCCAUGGCGCCGCAGGUGGUCCCAGCAAACCAGCCGGUCUAUUCAGAAGACUCUCAGGCCGCGGGCCACCACCCACCAGAACUAUGAGCCAUGGCCGAGGAGAUGGUAUGCCAGCUCGACGAGCCAGUGUGGACACAUCCACUAUCUCUCGUCCUAUCGAGAAUGGAAAUAGCUAUUUCCCAACGGCCAAUGAUCCACAACCCGGCAAAUUCCACCGACGACCAUCCAACCUCAGUGAAAAGGCACUUAAGAAAGCGCUCAAACAGGGUGAGGAUGGGGGAGGCACCUUUGUGAAUCUCCAAGGAGGCUUAGCCAUCACAUUGAACAUGGAGAUUAGUCCUCAAGACCCCGCUGGUAUCACAACGCCAUACAAGUUCCUGGUACCAGCUCUAGAUUACGAAGGCAAUAAUGACGAGCCCCAUCCUACACAAGUUGUGAAAGGCUGGCGAAAGUGGCUCAACAUGCCGCGACGGAAGAAAACGAGAGAUGGGGCAGACCAUGACCUUGAUGAGGAUGAGGAGGAAGAAGAAGACACCGAAGAUUACGAUGAUUAUGAUAAUACUGUCAACAAUACCCGUGCCAAUGCUGUUGCCACUGGUGCUGCCCCCGCCUCGCAACAACCCUACGAAGGAUACCCCGGAAGUGAUGGCUCUGAUAGCGAAGUACCUCAACGCUUACCACCAGAGGCCCUUGCAGACUACUCCCCCGACGACGAAGAAGGGGACUAUUACGACGACGAGGAACCUACUCCAAAACGAAAGAACAAGAAGUGGUUCGGUUUCAAAUAA